CCACUUGAAGUCUUGUUUCCUCCCUCCUUUAUUGACCAUAACCUUUUUUCUUCCUUUCAACUGCUUUGCUAAUUGCUAUAUGAAUGAGUUUCAUUGUAGAAUUGCCUUUCUUUCUUUGAUAACUAACUAAAUAGCCAUGGCUGGCCACCAAUCAUCAGAAGCAGAAAAUGGAAGAGAAUCAUCAGAAGACUGCAGAGAAAGGGAUCCAGCUCAUCCCCUGUCACAGACUGCCUUCUAUGGGAAGCACAGGUUGCAGGCUGCCAUAUCCCAACUCAAUAAUCAAAUCAGCAUCAUGGAGGAAGAAUUGAAACAACUUGAAACAAUAGGGGAAUCCUCCAUAGUCUGCAAAGAUGUCAUUUCAAGCGUUGAAUCCAUUCCAGAUCCUCUCCUUCCAUUUACUAAAGGUUCAAUGGAUGCUGGUUGGGAUCGAUGGUUCGGAGGUGCCCACAACUCUCGAAAUAAUCAUAAGCGCUGGGUUUAGAAAUUUUAUUUCCUAUAUUUUGUUGGUUGAAUUUUGUAUGAAUUCAUAAUUUACUAGUAUUUCCCUGCAAGAGAUAGGUUAUAAUGUACUAGUACCUCAUAAAUGAAUUGAAUUUUGCAUUUGGUUA